GGGCAUGCAUUCCUGUUGCAUAUGUGUCCCCAAAUAUAGUCGACAUCUUGUCAAAAUGCUUAUAUCCAUAUCUACGAAACUUAUUUGUACCCUUAAUAACCUACAAAAUUUUGUUACAAUAUUAACCUCAUAACAAAUAAUAUACGAUAUUUUAUUAUUUAUUUAGGACUAAUAAUUAAAUUACUAACCUUGCUCAACCUGCCCCAUCUCUCUUUCUCAACUAUAACCAUGCCCGUCUCAUGGUUAUAUCCCACUCCAGUCUCCGAUAACAAUUUCUUAAACUCGAUAUAAAUUGUCCUCAAUUGGUUAAACUUAUUCCGAAGUUGGGUUUUGUCAAAUUUUGUCCCUGUUUGAACCUUCAUUUCUUUUACCAUAGUAGUCCAACCUUUUGGAUUAAAUGUUGUGUCAGUACGAUUGCCAGCCCUAACUUGUUCUUCCAUAAUAUUACAGAAUUUUUCAGUAAGUGAGUCAUCCCAUAACACUUUUCCAUCUUUCGUAACUUCAGCCACCCCUUCUUCUUCAAUUGCCAGAUAUUCACCACAUUGUUCUACAUUCUCAACAUUGAUAUCCAUCUAACAGAUUAAUAACAACACUAUAAUUAAUAACAACAAAAAUAAUAUAUAUUACUUCAAUAACUCAUACUAUUACUUCAAUAACUCAAAGCCAUAUAAGUUCAAGCAUCUCAUGAGUUAAAAGUAGUAAUUCAAUUGGGGAUCGAACUUGAGAAAAAUAGAAGAGAAAAAUAGAUCUCUAGCAGCAAUUCAAGCAUCUAAUGAGUUAAAAGUAAAAUAAUUGGGGAUGGAACUUGAGAAAGAGUGUACCAAACUGGCUAAUGUACAGCUAAAAUUACAAGGUAUUUCCUAUUUUUUAUGAUCUAGUUGUGGACAUAUACAUAUUCUCAUCUUGAGUUUUUGGUCUGAUAUUCUAUUUUUGUUCCUAGAGGAACAGAAGUUGAAUGGAUCUUUUCAGGAGAAGCUUAACUUACUAAAAGUGGAUAAUAAUAAAUUAAGUUUUUACUUGGUUUCUUAUCUUCUCAGAGUGAUGGCUAGUUUGGCCUUUUAACAACUGAUUAGUUAAAGUUAGCUAGAAUUUUUCAUUUUUAGAAGCAAAUUCUAGUAAAAUUGAUAUUUUUUGGGACCUUUCCUCGGCUAAAUUCGGAUCUGGGCCUGAGCCAUUGGAGGGAUUCUACCAAUGGCUCAGCCUAGAUCCGAAUUUAAUGAAUGAUUUCUUACUAUUUUCUUAGAAGCCACACAAAAUGUAUAAAAUAAUUAAAGUUGAAACAAAUAAUUCUUUAUAUUAUUUGGCACUAAACCUGUGAACAGAUUGGAUAGGAAGUGGAUGAUGGUCGAUCCGAUCUAUCCGUCAGAUUUUCAUUUAAUAAAUCCAUAUCCCAUGUUGACUUUAUUGGAUGUCCAAUUUGAUUGGUUUAGAUAUUUCACUUUUUCAGAAAUAAUGCAAAACAAUUAUCCUACUCUUACCUGAAGAAACUAAACAUUCAACAUGGCACGGUUAAGAAAAGAUGACCUAAAGAAUGAGAGAAUAAGCUAACAGAAUACUCACAGUUGAGUUAUUAAAGUUUAAGUGGUACAUUGUGAGUUAUUAUUUUUGUACAUAUAAUACAAGGAAUGGGUAUUGCAUCAAAAUAUAUGCAGUGCACCCACCUCUUUUUGGCACUCAGUUAAAGUUCACUGCUCUCGCUCUCUCAUGCACUACUCACACGCUGAUAGCUAGAAGAAAAGAAUUCAUGUGACCCAUUGUCACCCACUCCUAGAAGAAAAGAAUGGGUAGUUUUGAUUCCAUAGUUUUACUGGUGUUUCCUGGGUUAGAUAAGACUUUGGAAUCCAAUGCAAAGAGUGGAUCAACCAGGGACAAGGGAUUGAAGAAGACAAGGGCGAAGUUGAGGCAGGCUAGUCUACUUCAGGAGCAGUCUAGGCAAGAUCAAAUGUCAAAAGAAGGCAUAUCCCAGCAUAUACCAGAGUCUCCUGGACUUUAUUCACCCAUGGAUUUUUCUCCAUAUCAAGAUAAUAACUGUGCACCUUCUGCUGGGAACUCUACAAUUUCUACUCAUUCAAAGGAUGAAGAUUUGGUUGCUACACGAGAAGAAGAUGAUAUCAAGGAAGCUGACAGCAAAUAUAGAAAGCCAAAUGAGAAUGGUUCCAUGAGUCACGGUGAAAGUAGUUGUGUUGCUGAUUAUCUGUCAGAAAAGUUUGUUUCUAGAGUUGAAACUGAAUGCAGUAAUGCCAAAAUUGAGCAGGUCAGCAUCAACGGCAGUGCUGGUGCUGUGGAAGAUAAAGCUGGUGUGUGUUCAAAUAUUAAGAAUGAAGAAAGUGAUUGUAGAAAACAGUACCGUUUUGCUUCAAGUUCCAAAGAUACAGGUAAAAGAGAUUUUACCUUUUCGGCAAUCUCUCCAAAAGCUAAUGUAUCAGCAGUAAAGCGUUAAAACAAAAAGAAAUAUAGGAUUAAAGUUGGUCGAGUUUCUAAUUCUACUACUCCAAGUCAAAAACUUGAGUUUUCAUCUUCCUCGGUCCAAUUUUCGCCCCUUUCGUGCACUUCUUCUCGGCUCAAUGCGGCACAGGAUAAAAAGGAAGAAAAAUUUGAAUUCCAGAGCAAAAGGGAGAAUAAAUUUAAAGCAUUUGAAGAGCAUGUCAAGCAAGCGCCUGCCACUGCUGCAGCUCAGGAUGCAUGUGAGAAGUGGAGAAUCAGGGGAAAUCAAGCUUAUAAGAAUGGAUAUUUGUCCAAAGCUGAGGAUUUUCACAUAAAGGGUGUAAAUUGUGUCCCUCAUAAUGAGGCAUCAGGAUGCUGCCUUGAGCCUCUUGUGCUGUGUUAUAGCAAUCGUGCUGCUACAAGGAUGUCUCUUGGGAGGAUGAGGGAAGCCCUACGUGACUGUUUGGUGGCUGCUGAGCUAGAUCCUAACUUUCUCAAAGUUCAAAUUAGAGCUGCAAAGUAAGGCUUUCUUCGUGCACACUCAUAUUUCGUGUAUGCAAAAUACCUGCUGG